CCUCAGUAUCCCACACUGCACUGCACUUCCUGUUGGCCGGAACCACAACACUACGCAAUUUAAGUGACAAAAAUGAUUAUCAAACUUUGGACCACACUUGGUUCGGUCUGUGUAAAUGGAGAGAAUUGCAGAACUUUUUCUGACGUCGAGACUCUGCUGAAUCUCAAAAGUGAAACCUUCUACUUGCAAAACAACGGACGUUUGGUAUCUCCAUCCCAGCAACUCAAACAUGGAGAGGUUUACUGUCUACUACCUCGCGUUGUUGGUGGCAAAGGAGGAUUUGGCUCAAUGCUUCGAGCAAUCGGUGCACAGAUUGAGAAGACAACCAGCCGUGAGGCCUGCAGAGAUUUGAGUGGUCGACGUAUGAGAGAUGUCAAUAAUGAGAAAAAACUAAAGGAAUGGGUGGCUAAGCAAGCUGACCGCGAGCGUGAAAAAGAACGCCAGCGUCAAGAAAAGAAGGCACGGCUUCAUUCACAGACUCAGAGCCCAAAGCUGAGUGAUCCUGCUUACACAGAACAGUGUGCUGUGGUGCAGAAAGACCUAGAAGAUGCCCUGACUGAAGGACUGAAGAAAGCAAAGAGUUUGUCAGCUACUUCAACUUGUGGUUCAUCACAUGAAACAAGAAAAAGAAAAGCAGAAGACUGUGGUGCUUCUUCUUCAAAACGAAAAUGGGAAUGGUUUGGUGUUGAAGCAGAUUCUGAUGAUGCAGGAUCUGAAGAUGAUCAAGGUAAACCAGCAGACUUGCCUAUCAGCUCAGAGAGCAUAGGAACAUUAGAAGACAGCAGUGGACCCCAGGAAAAUGUUACAGCUGAUGAUCAGGAAGACAAGCAAGUGGAACAGGAAACGGAGCAGAUGACACAUUUACAAAAUUGUGCAUCAAAUCCUGAUGGGCAGAAGGGUUGUUCUGAAGGAGAUUCCAAGCUUCAGUCGCAGACAGAUGUAAGCACCAGCUAUCAGCAAGAAGAAAAGUCAGAGGUGAACCAUUCAGUUGUGUUGGAGAAUGUUUCCAGUGCAAAGGAGUUAGAAGCUUUGGGGCUAGAUCGUCUAAAAAUAGAACUUAUGGCACGGGGACUUAAGUGUGGCGGCACAGUUCAAGAGCGAGCUCUUCGUCUUUAUUCUGUGAAAGGACUUUCUUCAGAUCAGAUUAAUCCUGCAUUGUUGGCAAGACCAACCAAGGCAAAAAAAGGAAAAUAAAUUCACAGUUACUUCAAUUUCUUGCAUCUACUGCCCUUUUUAUUUUAAAGGUUUUUAAUAAAGUACUUUUAUUUUGUA